ACUCCAAUUCAGACAAUCUCACAUUCACACACGCACAAAACACCUACAACAAGUGCAGUCAUGGCUACAAUGGCCCUCUCCUCUCCCACAUUAGCUGGAAAGGCCCUCAAGCUUGCCCCAUCAACAUCCGAACUCCUCGGUGGAGGCCGGGUCACCAUGCGCAAAACCGGAGGCAGGCCCAAACCCGUUGCAUCCGGCAGCCCAUGGUACGGUCCCGACCGAGUUAAGUACUUAGGCCCCUUCUCUGGUGAGCCCCCAUCCUAUCUAACCGGUGAAUUUCCAGGAGACUAUGGUUGGGACACCGCCGGCCUCUCCGCCGACCCCGAGACGUUCGCAAAGAACCGUGAGCUUGAGGUGAUUCACUGCCGAUGGGCUAUGCUUGGUGCACUUGGGUGCGUGUUCCCUGAGCUGCUUUCCCGCAACGGUGUGAAAUUCGGUGAGGCUGUGUGGUUCAAAGCUGGUGCCCAGAUCUUCAGUGAGGGUGGUUUGGACUACUUGGGAAAUCCCAGUUUGGUGCAUGCUCAAAGCAUUCUGGCAAUCUGGGCCAGCCAAGUUAUCUUGAUGGGGGCCGUGGAGGGCUACCGUAUUGCCGGUGGGCCACUUGGUGAAGUGACUGACCCACUUUACCCUGGUGGAAGCUUCGACCCUCUGGGGCUUGCUGAUGAUCCUGAGGCUUUUGCUGAGCUGAAGGUGAAGGAGAUCAAGAACGGACGGUUGGCUAUGUUUUCUAUGUUUGGGUUCUUCGUCCAGGCCAUUGUUACUGGCAAGGGACCACUUGAGAACCUGGCAGAUCAUCUUGCCGAUCCCGUCAAUAACAACGCGUGGGCUUACGCUACUAACUUCGUCCCCGAGAGGAAGAAAUCUCCAAAGAUAAGGACCCAUCUGACCUUCCUAGUCUCACCUCUAUUUGAGCCUCCCUUCUUCCCCACAUUCAACACUACUCAAUUUUCUAUCACAUUCUCAGUCCUCACUCCUCACACGCAAGUUGCAACCAUGGCUACAAUGGCCCUCUCUUCUCCCACAUUGUCUGGGAAGGCCCUAAAACUCUCCCCCACCGCCUCUGAACUCCUCGGCGAAGGCCGUGUCACCAUGCGAAAGACUUCUGGCAAGCCCAAGCCCAUCUCUUCUGGUAGCCCAUGGUACGGCCGGGACCGAGUCAAGUGCUUGGGUCCCUUCUCUGGUGAGCCACCAUCCUAUCUAACCGGUGAAUUCCCCGGUGACUACGGUUGGGACACCGCCGGUCUCUCUGCCGACCCUGAGACGUUCGCCAAGAACCGUGAGCUCGAAGUCAUCCACUGCCGGUGGGCCAUGCUUGGCGCACUUGGGUGUGUCUUCCCUGAGUUACUCUCUCGCAACGGUGUUAAGUUCGGCGAGGCUGUAUGGUUCAAGGCCGGCGCCCAGAUUUUUAGUGAGGGUGGUCUAGACUACUUGGGUAACCCCAGCUUGGUGCAUGCCCAAAGCAUUCUAGCCAUAUGGGCUACUCAAGUCAUUUUAAUGGGCGCCGUAGAGGGCUACCGCAUUGCGGGUGGGCCGCUUGGGGAAGUGACUGAUCCGCUCUACCCGGGUGGAAGCUUCGAUCCAUUGGGACUGGCUGAUGAUCCAGAGGCAUUCGCAGAAUUGAAGGUGAAGGAGAUCAAGAAUGGGAGAUUGGCCAUGUUUUCGAUGUUUGGUUUCUUUGUUCAGGCGAUCGUGACCGGCAAGGGCCCAUUGGAGAACUUGGCGGACCACCUCGCCGAUCCUGUGAACAACAAUGCAUGGGCUUAUGCUACCAACUUUGUGCCAGGGAAAUGAGUGAACAACAUUGUCUCCUCGCAAUUAAUUCCAAGUGUUGUGAGUGUGUGUGUGGAUUGAAAAUGUAUAUUAGAAAAGGUCAUUGAUUUGGGAAACGCCAGUUCCAGUGAUUGUUUUUUGAGAUGGUUGAAUCAAUGACCAUGAUGACCAUUUGUGGUUGAGACCCAUGUAAUCCCAGAAUGGUUUGCUAAUCAAGAUGUUUAAAACCGUUUUUAAUAUUAUUAAUAUCGCAAUUUUAUUUUU